AUGCACGCACUGCGGCAGGGAAGCCCAUUUAGCGUACGUUUGUCGCGCAAAGACCACCACCUCCAGCAACCGCCAGCCCAGGCCAUGUCCAGACGGCUUGAACAACACCCCAAUGGACAUCAACCAGGGCGUCAGUCGCUGCCACCACCACCACCACCACCACCACCACCACCAACACAGCAGCCGCAGCCAAUGGACCAGCUGCCCAGCCCCUCUUCGGCGCCUCCCCAACACGUGAUGGCCACUGAUGACGACGAACCGAUGCCACUGGUCCCACCCAUGCCUCCAUCACAACCAGUAUGCACGUCAGCCUUCAUCGCAGGACGUACAGCACCAUAUUCUCCAAGAGGCAGCCUCCACGGCCUCCUCCAGGGAGCCGCAGCCGCAGAUCUCCAUGAUGUAGCAGCUAUCGAUCUUUCACGCAGCUCCUCCCCCGGAAGGAGCACUAAUCAACAGUUACCAAUUGCUGCAUCUGAUUCUCGGGCGGAUGAUGUCGAGGAUGAGCCACAGCACCAGGAGGAUGCCGAGGGCAGAGAUGCUCCCUCGGCUGUACCCAGCACCGACCAACCACAGUGA